AUGGCCGACAAGGCUCGCACUGACACAAACCCUUUCUUGCGCUGGCCACUUUACGUCUACGAUCUGCCGCCGGAACUGCUAUUCACCUUCACGCUUGCUGGAGGGGAACAGCCGCAGGCGCAGGCGCAAGAGUCACAGUCCGAAGCGAGACCUCCAAGUCGACAGAACAGUCUCGGCGAAGAUGGUAUUGCAACUUCAACGUCAUGCGCGCUGUGCAAAGUCGCCUUCGACAAUGUCCAAGACCAGCGACUGCAUGUCAAGUCGGAUUUCCACCGAUACAACCUCAAACUAAGCAUAAAGGGAAUCUCUCCAAUUGAUGAAUCUACUUUUACGAGGAUGAUUGGUGAUUUGGACGAGUCGCUCUCCGGAUCAGACUCCGAAGAGUCAGAUGAGGACGAUGUAGAGGACACAAAAGGCGGAGACAACACCUUAACUGCUCUACUCAGGCGGCAGGCCAGGAUAUCGCAUCCACAACCGACCGGUGACACAGAAGGCUCCAAAAAGCGGGGGUUUGGCAAUGCCCCGUUGUUAUGGUUGUCAAGUCCUAGGAUUGGAAACGAUGUUGGCUUGGGCAUCUACCGGGCUAUAUUAUCAAACGAGGAGCAAGAACAAGCAUCCACUUCCCUUGUAGAGAUCCUUAAGACGAAGCAGCUUAAACCGACAAUGCCAAAACAGGGUGGGAGGUCUCACGGAGGCCCAACACACGCUGGCGCAAAUGAUCCUCACUUCUUCCUCUGCAUGAUCGGGGGCGGUCAUUUUGCCGCCAUGGUCGUCUCUUUGGUACCGGAAUUAAGGAAAGGACCAGGUGGCAUUGAGGAGCGCCACGCAGUUGUCAGAGCCCACAAGACCUUCCACCGAUAUACUACGAGACGGAAACAAGGUGGCUCUCAGACCGCAAAUGACAACGCAAAGGGAAACGCCCAUUCAGCGGGUUCAUCCAUUCGGAGGUACAACGAGAUGGCUCUAGAGGCAGACGUGAGAGCUGUAUUAUCGGAGUGGAAAGAGAUGAUUGACUCCGCUGAAUUGCUCUUCAUUCGAGCGACCGGAAGCACCAACAGAAGAACCUUGUUCGGACCCUACGACGGUCAGGUCUUGAGGAGCAAUGACAAGAGGAUACGUGGGUUUCCUUUCAAUACUCGUCGGGCGACUCAAGCAGAGCUUCUGCGUUCAUUUCAUGAGCUUACGAGGUUGAAAGUGGGGAAAUUUGUUGAGCCGGCUGCUGAGAAGCGUUCACUCGAGAAACCUGCUACGAAACCGAAACCGAAACCGCAAGCAUCAAAGCUUAGUGAGGAAGAGGAGACCGCUCGGUUUCACACUUCUCAAUUACAAGGCCUUAUUCGCCGUUCAAAGGCGCCAGGGGUCUUACUUUAUUUAACCAAGAACGAACUGUCGCCAGAUUUCACCUUCUUUCCCCCUUCUGACCACCAUCACGCCCCGACUCCGCUCCACUUCUCUGCGUCGACCAAUUCGCCGGCAUUGGUAUUAGCCCUCCUCACCAAAGCAAAGGCCGACCCGACCAUAAGGAACGGCGACGGCAGAACGGCGUACGAUAUUGCCGGUGACCCCAAAACUAGAGACGCCUUCCGCAUCGCUCGACACCAACUCGGCGACAGUGCCUUCGACUGGUCCGCAGCGCACGUCCCCUCACCGCUCUCGCAAGAAGAAGCGGACGCAAAAGCGGUACAGGAGAAAGCGGCCUCUAACGCGGCCGAGGCACAGCGUAGAAAAGCCGGCCUAGAACACCUCCGGCUGGAAGAGGAAAAACGCAAUUUGAGCAGGAUGGAAAAGAAGGCAGGGGCGGGGAAGACGCUCGCAGUAGCUGCAGCGGAGAAAACCGGCGCAGAGAAGCGAGAGGAAGAGGUCAGAGGAUUGACUCCCGAAAUGCGCAUGAGGCUGGAGAGGGAAAGGAGGGCAAGGGCGGCUGAGGAAAGAAUCCGGCGCAUGCAGGGGGCGGGUUGA